GUAUUAGAAUUGUCGUAUUAGUUAAUACAGUCAUCUAUAAUUACAUGUAUUUCAGAACUGUCAAGGUGCUAUUAGACUUUCGAGCUUCAAGUGUCGGCAUGUACAUGGAUUACACGGUGCCUGGAACACUGGAAUUCAGGAGCUACAUUGCUGGCAACCCCGGAGACAUGGGAUAUGUCUUCUAAGCGGAAAAACACGCCAACAAAGCUGACAAAAGACGAACUCGUUGUCGAGCGAAGCAACCUUCACAACAAGACAGACGGGGAGAACAGUAACUCCGAAAGCGAAGUGGACAGUGACUCUCAGAUUCCUCUUCACAUCGUAACGAAGACUGACCAAUCUGACGCGGAUUUGUCAGAUUCUGCGACUGGAUCUGAUAGACCCCGAAGCAAAAAACAACGCAUUCUGCAGAGUGUUCAACAGGACUCUGGAUCAGAAUCAGAAAAUAGCAAUAAUAACAAUAACAACAAUAUCUCCUCUCAUUUUACCCACAAUAGCAAUAAUAUUAUUAACAAUAAUAACAACAACCACAUAAUCGCCACAACAAAGCCCUCCUUUGGGCUGCAACGAAAAUCUAUGGAAAGUGUUCUCAAAAAACUUGGUGCCAAACCCAGUGACAUGCAAGAGACUGGAAGCCUGAGUCACGUUAAUGCUGGAAACCAUAUGGCCGGAACCAGUGCACCAAACACUGACAUGCUGGAAGGAGUACAGGCCGUACUAAACGCAGACGAACUCAGCGUCAACGACAAAGACAAACGUCUGAGUGAUCUUAUUGCUCAUCUUCAAAUCCUGAAGGAAAGCCUGCAUAAGCAAAAGCCUGAAUCUAAACAAAUAGAUGACAACGUAGAGACAGUUUCUCCAGCUGUGAUUAGCCAAUUAGGUGCUUCCUCUCCGGCUGCCUCUCCCAAGGCCGGUGACGCCCAGCCAAGGUCAUCGCCCCAACUCCCUACCUCACCGUAUUCCCAGAUGUCCCCCAAGUCUCUACCUUCACCAAACCCUCGGCAACUCAGCCCCCACAUGAGCACCACAAGUCAUAUGCCUCCCAUGGCCUGGUCGCCGGCAAACUUUCCCGCCAGCCUCGCCGAGAUGCCACUGAACCUCACAAAGCCAAAAAUGAUGGAAGGACGCAGCCACCAUCAUCACCACAUAGGCGACGAUUCAACCAGCGGUGGUUCCUCUCGCAGAGGCGGCAACGUGGUCUCACCACCUCCGGCCCACAGCAACCAUCUCCGUAAAAGCAGCAACCCAGCACCUGCCACCCCGGAUGUGCCCACCCUUCUCGCCAAUCGUCCCUUCCCCUUGCCCCCGUACAUUGCUAACCCCUAUGUGGGCCUGGCCAAUCAUGUUCACACGACCAUGGGGAUGCCCCUCCCAGGCGGCCUUUCACCCCAAGGUCAAAGUCUGAACGGCACAUCGCCUCAUUUACAAGGUCUCAACGGAAAGUCACUUCAUUCACCCAAUGACAAAAUGCAGGAGACUCUGGUUCAGGAAGUGCUUGCCCGUCAGCUCAGCGUAGCCCAGUCUCUGCCCAACCCCAUCUUCCCAAUGCACAUGCCCAUCUACGCCGCCCCAGCCACCAGUCUCCCCUCCCUCGCUCAAAUGUCGGCCGUCAAGGAGUCGCUGAGCAACGAGGACAGUCAGAACAGCUAUGUACAGCACCUACAGAGUAAAAUGUUUGGUGCAAAGAUCAUCAGAUCUCACAAGGACAAACAAGAGCCUGGUAGACCUCACAUUAAACGACCAAUGAAUGCCUUCAUGGUGUGGGCGCGGGAAGAAAGGCGAAAAAUCCUCAAAGCCUGCCCAGAUAUGCACAACUCAAAUAUCAGCAAAAUUCUUGGUGCAAAAUGGAAGGCCAUGACAAAUGCAGAGAAACAGCCUUACUACGAAGAGCAGUCCCGACUGAGCAAACUCCACAUGCAGAAACACCCAGACUAUCGCUACAGACCCAGGCCCAAGAGGACUUGUAUCGUUGAUGGGAAGAAGUUACGGAUCUCCGAAUACAAGCAGCUGAUGAGGAACCGCAGACAAGAUGUCCGCCGGGUGUGGUACGGGGAAUCAGGGACGACAUAUGUGGAGGGACUUAUAGGUGAAUCCCAGAGUGGCGGUUUUGACCCCUCCCAGCUUCUCCAUCCAGGAAGCACCUCCAGCGGCCGAUCUCCUUCACCUGCGAGCCUGGACCAGAAUGAGGCUUCCUCUUACGAUGGAGAAAAAAGUAUGGACGUGGACGGCAGCAAUGAUGUGAAUGAUGCCGGUUCCACUGAUGGCAGUUUAGACGACUCCUACAUGAACAGUUCAGACAUUAACUCCAGUGUCAGUGUAGCAGAAACGGUUACUCCCUCUUAGUUUCCUCUUCAUGCCGACACCAGGUGGUGCUUUCUCGCAUUUACAGCAUUUUCUUCCUAUACUAUGAGAUGGAAAAAGAGCAUCCUGAGGAAGGAUUUUUCGUAAAGUAAACAUGAAGAAAGAGAAACAAGAAAAGAGGGAAGUUCAUUUGUUUGUUAUUCUUUCUUUCCUUUGUCAUUUUUCAGAACUUUCGUGAAUACAUUGUACAGGUCACAUGUUGAAAUGAACCCACCAUUUUAUACUGCGUUGGUGCUAGGUACAGCUGAUGUAAUGGUAGAGGCAGCCGAGAAAUUGAAAACACUAGUUAUUUACACUUGGAGGAGACUUGAGUUCAGUCAGUCCUGCCACAAAUUAGCAAUAAUAGUAUG